AUGUAUUAUCCUUCAUCAUCUUCUAAUAUAACAUCAUUAAAUGAAAAUGCAGCUUUAAUAUAUUUUGUUCCAACAUUUUCAACACCAUUAUCAAUAUUUGAUGAUAAUAUAACAUUAAAUACAACAUUUUCAUCAUUAUUAAUAACUGAUCCAACAACAUUAAAAAAUACAAAUUUAUCAUGUACACAAAUCAAAUAUUAUUAUAUAUCACAAAAACCUUUAUUCAAUAUAGUUCGUUAUAUAUCACAAAAUUUAAAUCGAUUUUUUAUUUUACCAGCUAUUGUUUUAAAUUUAUGUGCUUUCUAUAUUUUAAGACGUACACGUAUGAAUCGUUCAUCAUCAAUAGCUUUCUAUAUGCAAACAUUAGCAUUAUGUGAUGUAGCUUUUUUUGCAUUACGUGUUAUUUUUGGUGAAUUAUCAAGUUCAACAACUGGUAAACAAAUUUUAACAACUGGUUUAUGUAAAUUUCUUUUUCUUAUGGUCAAUGCAGUUAAUUAUACAACUGUAUGGCUUAUAGCUGCUAUGAACGCGGAUAAAUUUCUUGCUGUUUGUUUACCAUUACGUGUAUCAGAUCUUUUAUCAAGAAAAAAAGCUUAUUUAGUUGUUAUAGCUGUAAUAACGUGUUCAAUGCUUGUUGCAUCUGUACAUGCUAGUCGAACUGUAUUAACAAAUAAUGCAUAUUGUUGGCUUGAAACAUCACAAGAUGAAAAACUUGUUUUUAUACUUGAUGCAUUUUUUUGCUGCUUUAUUCCAUUUUGUGUUAUAUCUAUAUUGAAUGCUGCCAUAUUUGUUGCCUUAUUUCGUGCACGACGUGAAGCAUCCUAUUUACAUGAAGCAACUAAUUCUUGUAAUACAACAUCUUUAAUUCGACCAUCAGUUAAUGGUCGUAAUUCAACAAGUAAUUAUCUUAAAACAUCAUCAAAUAAAAGUCAAUUUCGUUCAUCAAAUGUAAAUUCAUCAGCAACAAGUCGUGCUCGUAUGCAAUCACAAAAUCUUCAAAUAACAAUUAUGCUUAUAACAAUUUCAAUAUCAUUUUUUGUUUUAACAUUACCAAAUGCUAUUUAUUAUUUGCUCAUAUUUUUACGUGUUCUAAUUGAAAGUUGGAAAGCUGUAAAUUGUGAUGAUAAUGUAUAUCGAAAUCUUGAUAAAUAUGUACGAACAUCAGCUGUUGUCUAUCUUAUAUCAAAUAUAACAUCGGAUUUAAUGCAUGUGGUUAAUUUUUUUUUAUAUUUUAUUAGUGGAGCAAGAUUUCGUACAGAAUUUCGUCGUUUAAUAUUUCAUCAAUUAUGUCGAUGGUGUUAUAAAGGACAACAUGGUAUUGGUGGAAAAGAAUUAAUGACAAAUGAGCGUUCAUUUUUACGAACGAGUGGCGUAGCGACGACUGUGCGCACAUUGGCAUCAUUGCCAGGAGCUGCAAGUAAACAGCAACGUACGUCGACGAAUAUCAAUUAUACAACGACAAUAAGAGAUAAACAGAUACCAAAACAGGCAAUAGCACGUCUAUCUUCAACUUCGACUGUUGCGCUUGAUGGUAAUGUAUCGACAUCGCUUGAAGGCAAUACUAGGCGAAGUCAGUGUCCUUCUACAACGUUAAUUCAUACCGAAAAAGAUGACAGAAAAGAAAGCAAUAGUUCUUUUUUACAAGAAUGA